AUGGAAGGCAACAACCAACUUACGCUUCUGAUGAACAGAGACAAUUGGGGAAACAGGGUCAUAAGUAAGGCUUCUUGGGAUGGCCAUAUUUUGAGUGGUCGUUGCGAAAAUAGCAACUGUACGUGGCUUGCUAUUUCUAAACGAGGCCGAGUCGCGUUUCUCAUGAGUAGAACGUUGGUUGAUGACGACAUUGUUCCAUUCCGCGGCUGCGAGUUUUACCCCUCUCAAUUCUUGGAGAGCAAUAUGAGUCCUUGGGAGUUUGCCGUUGAUGUACAGCGUGAAAGGGAUAUACAAAAUAAAUGGUCCUAUAGCCUUAUUGUCGCAGACAUGGCUUCGAAUUCAAUGGUUCAUAUCAGGAAACCUGAGAAAGAUGAGCCGAAUGUCAUGAUAGGAUUCGUUCCGUCUGGUGUGCAUACACUUUCUCCUGUCCACGGUCUCGAUUCCGCAAUCUCUGAGAGGGAUAUACACCUGAGAGACCGAUUUACUCAGAUGAUUGGUCAUUUGGGAAACGAUCCACUACCACAGCUUAGGGAGUUUGCUAGCAACUUUAUGUUUAGUCCUGUGGGAGAAGGUCAAGAAACGGUGUUUGUGGAUGAAAUGGCUAACCAUCCUGAUUUACAACUUGCGCUCGGAAUGCAACGAUAUGGAACAACAAGUACGACUGCUUUGGUUGUGAAACGCACUGGGGAAGUGAAGAUCUUCGAGAGGUACUGGGAGGAGAAUGGUCAAUGGACCGAGAACAACUUGCCCGAUUUCACCUUCCAAGACAACUAG